CUGGUACAAGAGCAAAAAGGCGGGCAAUGCCCAGUCUACGUGUAAGCUCAGCUGGCCGGGGAAAAACUCCUUCAGUAUGAGCCUUUCACUCCAUACCAGCUUCAGAUUAGAUUACUGUGCUGUAUCCCCGUGUGAAGGAAUAGAUUGGGAGUGAAAAUCAAGCUCACACGGUUGAGCAAGUUGGGACGGGUAAAGUGGAGACGGGUGAGGAAGUUGGGUUAGGUAAAGAGGAAACAGUUGAUAAAGUAUAGUCAGCUAAAGAUGAAAUGAGUGUGGAAGUUGGGACAAGUAAAUAGGAGGGGUAAAGAAAUUGGGACAGGUAAAGAAGAAACAGGUGAGGAAGUUGGGACAGGUAAAGAGAAGACACUUGAGGAAGCUGGGACAGGUAAAGAGAAGACACUUGAGGAAGCUGGGACAGGUAAAGAGAAGACGGGUGAGGAAGUUGGGACAGGUAAAGAGAAGACAGGCGAGAAAGUUGGGACAGGUAAAGAGAAGAUGGGUGAGGAAGUUGGGACAAGUAAAGAGAAUACACUUGAGGAAGUUGGGACAGAUAAAGAGAAGACGGGUGAAGAAGUUGGGACAGGUAAAGAGAAGACGGGUGAAGAAGUUGGGACAGGUAAAGAGAAGAUGGGUGAGGAAGUUGGGACAGGUAAAGAGAAGACGGGCAAGGAAGUUGGGACAGGUAAAGAGAAGACUGGUGAAGUAGUUGGGACAGGUAAAGAGAAGACAGGUGAAGAAGUUGGGACAGAUAAAGAGAAGACAGGUGAUGAAGUUGGGACAGGUAAGGAGGAGACAGGUGAUGAAGUUGGGACAGAUAAAGAGAAGUCAGGUGAUGAAGUUGGGACAGGUAAGGAGGAGACAGGUGAUGAAGUUGGGACAGAUAAAGAGAAGACAGGUGAUGAAGUUGGGACAGGUAAGGAGGAGACAGGUGAUGAAGUUGGGACAGAUAAAGAGAAGACAGGUGAUGAAGUUGGGACAGAUAAAGAGAAGACAGGUGAUGAAGUUGGGACAGAUAAAGAGAAGACAGGUGAUGAAGUUGGGACAGGUAAGGAGGAGACAGGUGAUGAAGUUGGGACAGAUAAAGAGAAGACAGGUGAUGAAGUUGGGACAGGUAAGGAGGAGACAGGUGAUGAAGUUGGGACAGAUAAAGAGAAGACAGGUGAUGAAGUUGGGACAGAUAAAGAGAAGACAGGUGAUGAAGUUGGGACAGGUAAGGAGGAGACAGGUGAUGAAGUUGGGACAGGUAAGGAGGAGACAGGUGAUGAAGUUGGGACAGAUAAAGCAGAAAGAGAAGAGGAAGUUGGGACAGUCUCCAUCAGCGACGUGGAGGCCGUUCGAGAGGGUCACCAGUCCGAAGUUCUGCUCAGCAUCGCAGACGAGUUCCCACCUGAUCGCUGUUUCACGCUGGUGUUUCGCGGCCGCCGUGGCAACCUGGACCUGGUGGCCGAGUCGGCGGAGGAGGCGCAGUCGUGGGUGAACGGAGUGCGCAAACUCAUCAAGAACCUGGAGAACAUGGACCAGAGGGAGAAGCUGGACCAGUGGAUCUGUGACUGGUUCAAGAAGGCGGAUAAGAACGGAGACGGCAGGAUGAACUUCAAGGAGGUCAGAGACCUGCUGAAGAUGAUGAACGUGGAUAUGAACGAGCACCACGCGCUGCGCCUCUUUACGAUGGCGGACAAGUCGGAGUCGGGCGCUCUGGAGGACGACGAGUUCGUGCUGUUCUAUAAGAUGCUGACGCAGAGGGAGGAAGUCCUUGCCGUCUUCCGGGAUUUCUCCACGGACGGACAGACGCUCUCGGUGCGGGAACUGGAGGAGUUCCUGCAGGAGGGACAGCUGGUGCAGGACGACACGCAGCAGCACGCCAUCGAGCUCAUCCAGCGCUGCGAGCCGUCUGAAGCAGCUAAGCAGCGUCAGGCGAUGACGAUCGAUGGCUUGCUGAUGUAUCUCGGCUCAUCCGAAGGCUCCAUCUUUAACCCGGCCAUGCAGCAGCUCUACCAAGACAUGAGCCAGCCCCUGUGCCACUAUUUCAUCUCCUCGUCCCACAACACCUACCUGCUGGAGGACCAGCUACGGGGACACAGUAGCGUCGAGGGAUACAUAAGGGCUCUGAAGCGUGGCUGUCGCUGUGUGGAAGUGGACUGUUGGGACGGUCAAAACGGAGAACCAGUCGUUUAUCACGGACACACCCUGACCUCCAAGAUUCUCUUCAAAGACGUCGUCACUGUCCUGGGCAACUACGCUUUUGUAGCAUCUGAGUACCCAGUGAUCCUGUCCAUAGAGAACCACUGCAGUGUGGAGCAGCAGAGAGUCAUGGCUCGUCAUCUCACACACAUCCUGGGAGAGAAACUGCUGAGGAACACCCUGCGGGGCAAAUCCAGCUGUGAUCUGCCCUCACCUGAGGACCUGAAGGGGAAGAUCCUGUUGAAGGGGAAGAAGAUUGGAGGUCUGGAAGGGAACCUGAGCGGUGUUGUGGAAGAGCUGAGCGACGAAGACGACCCGGCGGAAAUCGAAGAAGAGAAUCAUCACAACGGCAGCAUACGCCGCAAAAGCAAGAAAUCAGGGCAGCAUUUGUCGAAAGAGCUGUCGGACUGUGUGGUGUACUGCAGGAGCGUGCGCUUCAACGGCUUCAAACACUCGCGCGUCCACUCCAGGUUCUACGAAGUGUCGUCCUUCACCGAGUCCAAAGCCAGGAAACACAUAAAGGAAGGAGGAGCGGAGUUUGUGCUUCAUAACGCACGUCAGCUGACCCGUAUUUACCCCAGCGGCCUGAGGACCGACUCCUCCAACUUUAACCCACAGGAGAUGUGGAACGCAGGGUGCCAAAUCGUGGCUCUGAACUUCCAGACGGCCGGAGUAGAGAUGGAUCUGAACGACGGUCUCUUCAGUCAGAACGCUCGCUGUGGUUACGUGCUCAAGCCGGCGUUCAUGCGACACGCUCAUACCCGGUUCGACCCGGAACACCCGCAGAACCGAGACGGGUAUACCCCUCUCGCUCUGGCUGUACAGGUGAUCAGCGGUCAGCAGCUGCCCAAGGUGAACCUGAAGGAAGGCUCCAUCAUUGACCCGUUGGUGCGAGUGGAGAUUCACGGAGUCCCUCAGGAUCAGGCCAAACAGGAGACGCGGCACAUCGAGAACAACGGUUUUAACCCCAUAUGGAACGACAUGCUGAACUUCACCGUUCACGUACCUGAACUGGCCCUGGUGCGCUUCGUGGUGGAGGAUUACGACAAAACGUCAAAGAACGACUUUGUAGGACAGUACACACUGCCUUUCUCCUGUCUACAACAAGGUUAUCGUCACAUUCACCUCCUGUCCAAGGACGGCACUAGCAUCCCUCCAUCCUCACUCUUCGUUCACAUCAGGAUUAAAGACGCAACUUAAUACCUGAUCAGAGCAGAAACACUGUCUCGGAGGGAUAACACACACACACACACACUCCAAGUCUUCCCACUCAUCCGAAUGUCAUCACUGCUACCACACACACACACACUGAACCAUAACUGCAGCAGGUGCUUUUUAGUGUUUGGGUUUUUUUGUUUUUUUAGUUAGAAUGAUUAUAUUUUAUUGUAUAGCUUUACGCUGUCUAGACGUAAGAGUUGUAAUAGUGCGCCAAAACUUUUUUUUUUUUUUUUUAAAUCCUUCAUACAUUCAGGAGACAUGCGUGAAAAAAAAAUUCCAGUGUUGAUGAUUCUACAGCGCUGUGCAGUGCGAUAAGCAACGUUUUUUUGUUUUGUUUUGUUUUAUUUCUUAAACAUUUUAAUUCUAAGCUAUACGACUUAAGUCACAUGACUUACAGCUAGCUAUAUGACUUUAUCUGGACCAAGCGUCCUAACGUCUUGAUAUUUUAUAUAGUUAAAUGAUUAAAAGACGUUGGUUAUUUAAUGUGGUGAGAACAGUGUUGCUAGGCAACAUGGGAAUUAUGGGACCCCGAUCAUAAGCUGGGUAAUGACUUAUGCUAACGAUCUAUCUACUUAGCACGUAGCUGUGAAGGAUUUUGUACAGACAAUGGCAACAGAAACGGUAGUCACAUCAGCAUUUCCCUCCAUUUUCAAUUUCUGAGGACAAAAAAAAAGACAUGUAUGUAAUUACACUUAGCAUAUUUUCCACCAUUUUGCGAAACCUCAUGGAACAUUGUGUGUGUUCUCAUGAACAGUGACACACGUCGUGUAUCCUUUAUUAAUACUAAUAUUAGUGCUAGUAUAAUCAUUAAUAAUCAUAAAGUCCCUAAUACUUUAUUUUCCUGCAGUGUUCUGACCUUAAGUAUUAAUAAGAUACGUGCUAAUGUUAAACUCUAUACGCUAUUGUAAUAAGUGCUGCCAGUAUGUUUCGCUCCUGAGUAGGCGGCGUCAUUGUGACCUGAGUAUUCUAAUAUUUUGUUUUUUGGUGUUUUUUUUUGUUUUUUUUUGGACACGUUUGAGAUGCGUUCUAAUUCAGUAUGAUGUUAAUAUACUGUAAAUAAACAUUUUAGAAAACGAUAACAUAAAUAGAUCAUAUCGGGACAUAAAUACGGGCUAUGAUAGGAAAGGUUCAUAGUUUCUGCUCUGAUUUUGUAUACUCACGCAAUAGUAUUAUUAUUUUUUUUAUACGCCGUGCUGUUAACACGGUUUAUUAUAAAUGGUCCUAAAGGAUUCGUACGCCUGCUGUUUGUACAGACGCGACGCCGGGCGUUCAUGUGAUCAUUGCCACACACACAGCCGAGAAUAAAGACCGUUUUGGGUA